AUGGAGGAGCAACGCCAUCGUGCUGCUCUUCUCGAGCAACAAGACGAGAGGAUUCGUGAGCGAGAGAGGGAAAGAGAAAGAGAGAGGGAACAGAGGGAACGUGAGAGCGAGCGCGCAAACCGAGAGCCAUACCCGCCCAGCGCACCUCACCACAGCAAUGCCGGCUCCAUCCCAAUCCACCAGCCUGUCGCAAACCGAUUCCCGGGCACAAUACACAGCCCUGGUGGCCUAUUGGCAAACCACGGCGCAAACCCAACAAACAUACCACUCGGCGCACCUUCUGGGCCAGGAGGUCCUCCUGGCGCUGUCCACGGAGACUCCAAUAACAGGCAACUGCCCCACGGCGUCCAGAAUGGUGCUGCCUCGUCGCAACAUCAGAUUGGUGCAGCGGCCGUGUUCGGCCCUCCACUCCAGCCCGAAGGGGGUAGGGGUGCCGCUCAGCCGUUGCCGUUCGGUGCUGGCAUGGCCGCUGGUCACGCGAUGGCUCCAGCUCCGGGCAGCAUGAACCAGGGACAGCAGCCAAUACUCAAUGAUGCCCUCAGCUACCUUGACCAGGUUAAGGUCCAGUUCUCUGAGCAGCCCGAUGUUUAUAACAGAUUCCUCGACAUCAUGAAGGACUUCAAAAGCCAGACGAUCGACACACCGGGUGUCAUUAGCCGAGUCUCCGAGUUGUUCGCCGGCCACCCUAAUUUGAUUCAAGGCUUCAACACGUUUCUCCCUCCUGGGUAUCGGAUUGAGUGUGGCUUGGAGAACAAUCCAAACAGCAUUCGGGUGACGACACCCUCGGGCUCCACAAUCCAUUCAAUCGGCCCCGGCAGGGCGGUGCAGAUCGAGUCGGGUCCAGCGCCUUCUUCUGCCCCGAGCCAGCGCUUUGCGGAACAGCGCCCGCCGGGCUGGCAAGGCCCGGUGCAGCACAGUAUUGAAAGCCCAGAGGUCCAGUUCAGCACGCCCGCUCAAAGUGGCCACGGUGCCGUUACCCACGGAUCUGGGCAGAGUGUGCCGUUUGAUGCCCAUAGUCCGGUGCAGCAGCGAGGGCAACCGCCAGCACAGACGAGCUCGGCAACUUCUCACCCUCCUGUUCCUCGAAACGCGCUCACUCCAACCCCAGCUGCUGUUCAAGCUUUGAAUGGGGCUGCAGCACAGUCGCAGGCGAAUAUGGAGAAGCGAGGUCCGGUCGAAUUCAAUCACGCUAUCAGUUAUGUUAAUAAGAUUAAGAACCGUUUUCAGGAUAAACCCGAGAUCUACAAGCAGUUCUUGGAGAUCCUGCAGACGUACCAACGAGAGCAGAAGCCGAUCCAGGACGUGUACGCCCAAGUCACAACACUGUUCAACGCUGCCCCAGAUCUUCUGGAAGACUUUAAGCAAUUCCUCCCCGAAUCCGCUGCACAAACUCGAGGAGCUGCACAACGCGCAGAGGAGUUCACUGCCAUGACGAACAUGGCUUCGACGCCCCAGCCAGGGCAUACGGCACGAGAUGGGCCCAAGGGCCCGCCAGUCGGCAACUUUGCACCCCCAGCCAGCGCAAGCAAAGAAAGCAAGAAGCGCGCGCGACCGGACAAGCAGGCUGGUCCUGCGACAUCAGCCCCCGUCGAUCCACCAACGUCUAACAUGCGAGGAGCGCCUGCGUCAGGCAGCAACAAGAGAUUGAAGACAACCCAUCCUAAGCCGGGCGUCGCUGAAGGCGUUGAGCCCAACCUGACGCCUUGCAUGCCAGUUCCUCUCGCGCCCACCUCCCCGGCCGCCUCCGCCGAUCUCGAGAUAGCGUUCUUCGACAAGGCCAAGAAGUUCAUCAACAAUAAGACAGCAUUCUCCGAGUUCCUCAAACUCUGCAACAUGUUCACCCAGGAACUUCUGGACAAGGAUGAUCUCAUAGCCAAGGCGUCACAAUUCAUCGGAGGCCACACUGAGCUGUUUGGCUGGUUCAAGGAAUUCGUCUCGUUCAGCGGAGAGGACCACGUCAUUGAACAACGUCCUGAACCUGCCACUGGCCGGGUUUCGUUGAGCAAUUGCCGGAGUUACGGACCCAGCUACCGUCUUCUACCGAAGCGAGAGAGGCUCAAACCCUGCAGCGGCCGAGAUGAUCUUUGCAACUCGGUCUUGAACGACGAAUGGGCGUCUCACCCUACUUGGGCUUCCGAGGACUCUGGGUUCGUCGCACACAGGAAGAACGCAUUCGAGGAGGGCCUCCAUAGGAUAGAGGAAGAGCGCCACGACUACGACUUCUACAUCGAGGCCAACCAGAAGUGCAUCCAACUUUUGGAACCCAUUGCGCAGCAGAUGUUGACGCUGACACCCAACGAUCGCGCGAACUUUCGGAUGCCCACCGGUCUGGGCGGGCAUAGCCAGUCCAUCUACAAGCGAGUCUUGAAGAAAGUGUAUGGCCCAGAGCAUGGCCCACAGGCCGUCAACGACAUGUUUUCCAAUCCAUUCAGCGUUGUACCCGUUGUUCUGGCCCGCCUGAAGCAGAAGGACGAGGAAUGGAGGUUCUCAGCGAACAACGACAAGCGCACCUACUCGGCCAAGCAUCUCGUUGAUGUCAUCAAGACGAAACAUGAAGAGCAGAAGCGGAUGCGGUCCGCGAGGCACAAGAUCGCACACUAUCAGUUCCAGUGGAGCUUCGAAGACAAGGAGCUUAUUCUUGAUCUUCUUAGGCUCAUGUUCUUGUAUGCUAUGAACAGUGGGCAGCAUGGCGCCACCGAGAAGGAACGCAUCUUGGACUUCUUCGAGACAUUCAUUCCCCAGUUCUUUGACCUCCCAGAUGAUAAGGUUCAGGACAGGCUCGCCAACAUCGACAGGGACUCGGGCGAUGAAGACGCCGAGGAGCUUCCUCCGACUGAGUUGACCAAUGGAAGGUCAGGCCGUCGCAACGGACGGAAGUCUGAUCUUCUUCGCGGCGUUCUUGACCCCGGUCGCAAUGGGAGCAAGCCGCGCAACCAUAAGGAGGGCAGCGCAGCAUCGGGAAGCAAGGAAACAACACCCGAUGUCGCCUCUGGGAACGAAGAAGAUAUGCCCGAUGCCCCAGAAGAUGCCUCAGUGCCCGAGGUUGGUUCCAACGAUAGGUGGCUUGCGACCGCUCCAGUGCCUACGGUCGCAUCUGGUGACAACUCUUUGCUUGACGAGCAGGGUGACCUGAAGGCUGAUGGUUCCUUCCCUCGCCCCUGGUUCAAUUUCUUCUGCAACCAAACAAUCUAUGUGUUUUUCAGCAUUCUCCAGACGGUGUACCAACGUCUGAAAGGCGUCAAGGACAACAAGGAAAGUGUUCUCAACGAGAUACGGCGUGAGAAAUUGGAGAAGCCGGCCAAGGUACUGGGCCUGGUCCAGGAUGACCUCAAGUUCUUCAGCAACCUUCCAGAGGAUAAGUUCUGGAGCCGAACUCUCGAAUUGAUCGAGGAUUUCAUCAACGGCGAUAUCGACGAGAACCGCUAUCAGGACGUGUUGCGGCAUUACUACCUCAGCAACGGCUGGCAACUCUACACAAUCCAAGACUUGCUCAAGACUCUUUGCCGUCUUGCCCUCGUUUGCAACAACACCGACAACAAGGACAAGACCCCGGAUCUGAUUAAGCAAUACAUGCUCAGCCGACAGCAUGACGAAACGAGCUACCAAGUCGAGAUCAGCCACCGCAAGUUUGCAGAAAAGUGUAUCAAGGACGGAGAGAUGUUUGUCAUCACAUGGAUCCCAGGGAAGAACGAGGCAACCGUUCGCUGGCUUCAGAAGGACGACACGACAUUCCACAUGGACGAGAUGGAGCUCAGGGAUCGCUGGCAAUACUAUAUCUCCUCUUGGAUGCGCACCGAACCGACCGAAGGCGUCUCUAGGUCCCGCAUGCAAAAGGUUGUGCUAACUCGCAACCUGCCCUCCGGAGAUGCCGAUUCCGAUGGCGAUUAUCAGCCCAAGGCCAUCUCGUACAGUGAGGGUUUAGUCCUGAAGAUCUGCCUGAACACGUCCAAGAUCAGCUACGCUAAAGGCACCUCGAACUACUUCAUCUACAACAUUGAUGGUGGUUCUGAGGAGGAGCGUAACGAGCGCGAGCAACGAAGGCAACUUGUCAGGGAGGUCCGCAACCAGAAGUUCACCGAGAAGAUGGCCAUGAACAGCCCUUGGAUGAAGGACCUCAGCCAGGAACAGGUCCAGCAUGCGAAGGAGGCCUAUGAGAAGUGGAAGACGGAGGGCAUUCCGCCAGCUCAGGAUGAUGACGAGGGCCGCCGCGAUUAG